AUGUCGAUUGAUGGCCCAGCGAGCUGUGAUGGCACGGUGACGACACGACAAACUCCUACACCGCGCGGCCCGAACUCCCCACAGAGAGCCUUCAAGGCUCUUCUGCAGGACUUGGUGACCCAGAGGAUUUCUGUGCCAUCUCUCCUGCAGGAAGCCAUGAAGCCAGAGAGAGACAUGGAGCAGAGACCCCCCAAGCUGCCCGAGGUGGCCUGGGUGAAGGAGGGCGAGGAGGUGGAAAGCCCUGGGCCUGCUCCAGAACAGCAGCCUGGGGAAGUGGAGCAGUUCCAGCCCCUGUGGAAGGAUCCAGGUCGGGACAGGACACAAGAGCAGGACUGUGCCCGUGGCUGCUUCCACAGGGCAGCACAGAUGGUUUGCGAAUUCAGCAGGUGCAUUUGGAGGGAAGAGACCCUUGCCAUGGGCGCUGGGGGCAUGGCAAACUCUGCCCUCUACAAUGCCAAAACCAGCACUGCCCUGCUGGAUUUGCUGGUGCAUAAUGGUGUCUCCAAUGCCAAGAAAGUGCCGGCCUUGGUGAGGUACAUCCACUGGUGGCUCACGUCCAGUGUGUCUGCUGAGCACAGACUAGACAAGAGUCUUCUGCAGCUGGUUGAGGCACAGCCCGUGGAUGUGGUGGUGACUCUGCUGCGCUCUGCCCCAUCAUGUGACAGAGCUGCUGUGACCAUGUGGAGGACAAUCAUCUCCUCAAGAAACACUGCAGAGUCGGCGCUGAAGAUAUUUGCCCUUGUCCUGGGAAGCUGGCCAGCCUGCAGCAUGUGCACCUCUGAUGGGGACGAAAGGGAUGUCUGUGCCCUGGCUGUGACCGUGGCACUGUGGAAGAUCCUGCAGAUGCUGGUCUGCUCACGUGCAGUGAGGACCUGUUUCCCCCAGCUCUUUGUGCAUCUGCUCUUCCAAGUGUUCUUCAGCACAGAGCAUAUGCUGAAGGAGGUUGACACCUUCUGGAGGGAAUGCCGGAAGCAAGGCAGGCUUCCCGCCAACCCCAACAGGCUUGCAGUGCUGACCAUCAAAGCCCUGCUGAGCUGUCUGCAGUGCGAGACUGUGCUGAUGGCAAUGGAAUGCAAGCAUGGCUGGGACACGCUCCUCCACACUGACACCCACCACUACGCGGUGGGUCUGCUGGCCAGACUGGCCUACCUGGACGUGACUGAAUGUGGUGAAGCCAUCCUGCAGACCCUUUCAAGGCACCUGUGGAGCGAGUGCCCAGAGAUGCGUCACCAAGUGCUCAGAGGCCUGGUGGUUCUGAGCAAGGAUCCUGUGAUGGCCAAAAGAAUGGGCAGCCUGACUGAAAGCCUCGUGCCGCUCCUGUGGGACAAAGACGAAGAGGUGGUCGGGAAUGCUGUCACUUUACUCAGCUUUCUGUUCAUGGACAAAGACAUCCGAGUAUCCAGCCCCACCUCCUUGCAGUUGGCCGAGGCGUUCCAGCUGCUCUUUGACAACGAAGACAGCAGUGUGCAGCUCUCCUCCAUACUCCUCUUCAGUGGGGUGAUGAUGCUGCUCAAGAAAGAGGGAAAAAAGCCCCUGAAGCCACAGCAGAACCUGCUUCCACUCUUCGUCCACUGCCACGAUGAGAACCAGAGAGUGGCACAGGUGAGAACUUUCCUUGUUGCUCUGCUGGCCUCUCGGGAAGCACUGCUUUGCGUGGCCGGCUUCCUGAAGAGGAGGGAUCUCAAGAGGAGGUUGAAGAAGAAGGAGCUGUGGACGUUCAGCGAGUGCCUGGUAAGGACAGCGGACAUGACCCCCCAGCCCCAAUAA